GUCAGGUGACCCCGCCAGAGUUCACUGAAGCAAGAGGCUGUGUUGCUCCUCUUGUCUCCCUCGCACACACUCGCUCCGCUGAACAGGGCCAGGGGGACUGUGCUGUGUUGCAUGACUCUGUCUGUCUGGGCUCUGCCGAGUGCCGACAUGACCACAGAACAGGAGAAGAAUGAGCUCACGCAGACUCCUCUGCUCAAGAUAUGGGUGCCUUGGCUGGGGAUGGGAGGCUGCAAGCUAAGUCGCCGGAGAGGCUCCUCCGUGCCCCAGCUCACCAACUCCCCCACUCUUAUUGUGAUGGUUGGACUGCCUGCCAGGGGGAAGACAUACAUAUCCAAGAAGCUCUCCCGCUACCUCAACUGGAUAGGGGUUCCAACAAAGGUCUUCAACUUGGGCCAGUAUCGCAGGGAAGCAGUCCAGAGCUACAAGAGCUUUGAAUUCUUCAGACCGGACAAUGAGGAGGCCAUGCAGAUACGCAGGGCCUGCGCUACAAAUGCCCUUAAAGAUGUAGUUAUCUACUUCUCGAAGGAACAUGGACAAGUAGCCGUGUUUGAUGCCACCAACACAACACGGGAGAGGAGGAUAUCCAUUGUGAGCUUUUCCAAGGAAAAAGGCUACAAGGUAUUCUUCGUGGAGUCCAUUUGUGAUGAUCCAGACAUCAUUGCACAGAAUAUCACGGAAGUGAAGGUGAGCAGCCCAGACUAUGUGAACUGUGACAAGGAUGAGGCGCAGGCAGACUUCCUGAAACGUAUCGAGUGCUACAAGCAAACCUAUGUGCCUUUAGACGAUGAGAAAGACAGGCACCUGUCUUACAUCAAGAUCUUCAAUGUGGGCUCUAGGUACCUGGUGAACCGUGUGCAGGACCACAUCCAGAGCCGGAUCGUCUACUAUCUCAUGAACAUCCAUGUCACGCCGCGCUCUAUCUACUUGAGCCGCCACGGGGAGAGCGAGCUGAACCUGCUGGGUCGCAUUGGGGGAGACUCAGGACUCUCUCCCAGGGGUCACAAGUAUGCCACUGCCCUGGGGGGCUUCAUCAAGGGCCAGCAUAUAAAGGAUCUGAAGGUGUGGACCAGCCAUAUGAAGAGGACCAUCCAGACUGCAGAGCAUCUGGGGAUCCCAUACGAACAGUGGAAGGCUCUCAAUGAGAUUGAUGCAGGUGUGUGUGAGGAGUUGACAUACGAGGAUAUCCAGGAGAACCACCCAGAAGAGUUUGCACUGAGAGACCAGGACAAGUACCGGUACCGUUACCCCAAGGGUGAGUCAUAUGAAGACCUGGUCCACCGUCUGGAGCCAGUCAUCAUGGAGCUGGAGAGACAGGAGAAUGUGCUGGUCGUGUGUCACCAAGCCGUCAUGCGUUGCCUGCUUGCCUACUUACUAGACAAAACCGCAGAUGAGUUGCCAUACCUAAAAUGCCCUCUUCAUACGGUGUUCAAACUUACACCGGUGGCCUAUGGGUGUAGAGUGGAGCAUAUUUGCCUAAACAUUGAGGCAGUCAACACGCACAGAGAGAGACCUGGGAAUGUGGACGUAACCAGAGACCCAGAAGAGGCGCUGAAGACUAUUCCUGACCACUUUUGAAUAUGAUUUAGAGGAUAUGGACUCUAGGACCAUACUGAACCAGCAAUAUUAUAUUUUCAAGUUUUAACUUUAUUUUUCGAUCAUUUAUGUCUUUGUACCUUUUCAUACUAAACCUUGUCAAAAGCAAGUGUCAAAGGGAAAAAAGAUAAGGAAGAACACUGGAUGAAUACAAGAUCAAAAAUGACAAACCGCACUGCCUACAGAAACAGUGAGGGGGGAAAUUGACUUUCUGCCUCCUAAUGGCAACAUGGGACGGCUAAAGCCCAGUACUGUAUGAGUGUUGUUGACUGACCUAUAAUGUCCAAGAAAUGUGCCUCAGUCUGCUCUGUCUGACCCUGGAGUCUCAUGGUGAAGUGCAGUUGGACAGGCGGUGUCAGAGGUGGUUUGGCAUAGAAUUGUGUGAAAGUGGCCUAACAUGUUGAGGUCAAUCAAACGUUUUCUCAGACAAUUCUAACAAAGAAAAAAAUGUCAUCCAUUCUAGUGAACUGGUAGAUUAAUAAACAAAUAUUCUGUU